CACGCCUGCCUUCAUUCUGCGGGCGUGGUUGGGUGUACAGUAUGAUUCCCUCCUGUUAUUUUUGCAAAAUACAUGUGAUCCACCCGUGCUUUUUUUCUCUUGUGGCCCUUGUCUUCUUGACUUCAUAGUUCAUCUAGUUUAUUCGGUUUUGGCUGUCGUUUUGUGUAUGGUGCACACUGUACAACCAGAGGAUGACAUCUGCCUUUCAUCGACGACACAAACUCAGUUUUCGUCCGCUUUGUUCCCUUCCUUCUUCGGUUCUUGACGGCGUUUGCCCCACUCGUCGGCAGCAAGCACGUCAAGCCCCUGGGCUUGGGCAACUUCCUCGUCCAGGAGCACGGCAAGAGCCAGGUGGCCGCGUCGAGUGCACCUGCAGAGUUCCUUCCAGGUUCCACCUGCUGUGCCAGGACGCCCUCGCUGUGCUCGACUGCACGAGGGCGCUUAUUGACAGCGGGUACACCCUGGCUUCCUUCAGGGGGAUCCACAGCAACCCCGACUAUCCCGUCGUACUCCCCAUCUGGUCAGAGCUUUCGAAGGGCGACCUCCUUCCCCCGCGCCAGGUGACCGGGCAAGCUGGUGCUCCCAAGAAGGGCGCCCGGCAGCGUGCGCGAUUCCCUGGUCUCAACGACAACUGCCAGCGUGGAGGCGGCCCGGUAGCCCGAGACGCAGGUGUGCGUGGCGGCGGGGGCAGCGCUGAGCGUGGCGGGGGCGGCAACGCCCAGCCGCUCCCGGUACAUGGCAUGGGCAGUGUUCGCAGCCACGUGGGAGACCUCAACAUCGGAGGUUCCGCGGGCGAGCGACCCCCCUCUAGGGUGUGUGGGGGGCUUGCUGUUGAGCGUUACAGCUCGCAAGACGCUCCCCGCCGCGAUAAUGCAGCGGGGGCCGGGUCAAGUGCCGUGCUGAGCCAACCCCAAGGCUCUAUCGACAUGUCGUAGUUCAAGCAAGCUGUUUUGCUCAUCCUUUUGGAUUUCUUCGUCGCACGGUGUCGGAGUGACACUCGAGGCUGUUGUUCGUGUCUAUGGCAGCAAGGUGCUUCAAGUCGCAUGUGUUUACAGCUUUGCGUAGAGCACCCGCCACGGGCGGGACACGUUGUCGGAGUGACGUGCGAGGCUGUGGUCCGCGUGUAUGAUAGGGUGCAAGACGUCGCAUGCAUGUGUCUGCAGCUUUGCGUAGAGCACCCGCGACGGACGGUGCGCUUUUUGUUGCGUAUAUUUUUCGCUUGACCGUCACCAAAAGCGACAUUUGACAACCUCGCACAUAAUUGGGAGGGAUAGGUGGAGUUGACGUCAAGAAUGGGCAGAGCCGUCGAGCUCCAAGGGGAACCAGUUGUCAAGGACGGUCGGCGUGAACCACUGCAUGAUUGUUCCGUAGACUGCUGUGUGUAUGGAGCGCUUGUGACGAUAACCGCGACAAGCAAGAGCGUGUGCCCUUCACCCCCCACCGAACGAUUCCCACCCGAGCAUUCACCCCGAAAAACUUCAUGAAAUCCCU